AUGUCUCUCAUUGUACACAAUGUUGUUGAUUUAGUUUCAUUUGAAAAAUAUCCAGAUAAUGAGUAUAAAUAUAUUGCACAUCUUCGUGAUCACUUCACGUGGUUUUCAUGGACAUGUCCAUUACACACCAAGAAGGCAUCAGAAGUUGCUGCAUUUUUAUUUUCAGUCUUUACUGUUUUUGGUCCUUCUUAUAUUUUACAAAGUAAUAAUAAAUCUCAAGGUUCAGUUAAAAGUUCAAACAAGACUUUAAAAAAUGCUCUUUCAACAUGGAUGAAAGAUAACAAUAGAAGGGAUUGGAGCAUUGGUCUUCCUAUAGUCACAUAUGCUAUGAAUAUUCAUUGCUUUAGACCUACUCAUUAUACAUCAUAUGAGUUAGUUUUUGGACAACAUCCAUUAUGCUACUUUAACAUGAUCAAGAAAUGGAAGCAACAUAAUGUCAAUAUGGAAGAAGGCUUAUCAGAAG